CAUAACCUGUGAACCAUUGUGGUGAACCAUAACCAAAUUGUUAACCUCACGAUUCACGAUUUGUUAUUUUUUUUACGAUUUAUACUUUUUUCACGUUAUAAUAAACUUUUAUACUAUAAGAUAAUAAUAUAUUCUGUUAUCUCUGUUAAAAUGGCUAUUAUUGCAAAACAUUGGAAACCUGUAAAUUUAGAUGGUCCAAUAUUAGCAAACAUUGCCUCCGAAGGCCUUAUUGGUAUUGAGGAAUGCUUCGAUUAUGAUUUAAAUGAUGUAAUAACAGCAAAGAGGAAAAAGAAUGUCAAAUCUCAAACCAAAAAUAAGAAACUUAAAACAUCUGAAGAAGUUCUUACACCAUCUAAACAAGGUUUCACUAGUAAUAAUGAAGAAAGUCGAAACAUAGAAGAUGAAGAUAUAAAUACGUUAACAGCAUGGGAUGGAUAUUCACUUCCAACUUCUAUAUUAAGAGCAUUGCGAGACCUGAAUUUUGAACAACCAACUGAAAUACAGUCAAUUACACUACCAGCAGCCAUUCUAGGGAAGAGAGAUAUUCUUGGAGCAGCUGAAACUGGCAGUGGUAAAACUUUAGCUUUUGGAUUACCUAUUUUAACAGGUAUUUUAAGACUAAAGGAAAAUGAAAUCUCUGAAGAGGUUAUCUCUGAUGAAGAUAAUAAUGACUGUGAUAAUGAUUUAGAUGUAGAUAAAAAUGGACUGGGCUGUGUAAAAGUAGUUAAGUUAGAAGAUCAAAGAGCUAAAAAACCACUAUAUGCAUUAAUUCUAACUCCUACAAGGGAACUUGCAAUGCAGGUUAAAAACCACAUAAAAAAUAUAGCCAAAUAUACCAAUAUUAAUGUUGCUGUAGUGGUGGGGGGUAUGGCUGCAGUAAAACAAGAAAGAGUUCUUAGUAAAGGACCAGAAAUAGUAGUGGGAACACCAGGUAGAUUAUGGGAAUUGAUUCAACAAGGAAAUGAACAUUUAUCUCAGAUAUCUAAUAUAAAGUUUUUAGCUAUUGAUGAAACAGACAGAAUGUUAGAAAAGGGACAUUUUAAAGAACUCCAUGAUCUACUAGAAAAAAUUAAUUUUGAUGAACAUUCUAAGAAAAAUAGGCAAAAUUUUAUAUUCUCCGCAACUCUUACUUUAGUUCAUGACAUUCCUAGACAUUUAAUAAACAAAAUUAAAAUGAAAGGUAGAAAGAUAUCAGAAAUGACCCCAGAACAGAAACUUCAAAAAAUUGUUAACACUAUCGGUGUCACAAAUCCAAAAAUAGUAGAUCUAUCUCAAGGCACAGGUACAUCAGGAACAUUAACUGAAUGUCGCAUUACAUGCCCAAUUGAAGAGAAAGAUUAUUAUGUUUACUAUUUUCUAAAGAAACAUUCUGGGCGAACACUAAUAUUCUGUAAUUCUAUUGGAUGUGUUAAAAGACUUACAACUUUACUUACUUUGCUAGAUUGCAGUCCCCUUCCACUUCAUGCCAGUAUGCCACAAAGACAAAGAUUGAAAAAUCUUGAUAAAUUUAAAGAUAUGGAAAACAGUAUACUUAUAGCUACAGAUGUUGCAGCCCGGGGACUAGAUAUUCCAAAAAUUGAACAUGUUUUACAUUAUCAAACUCCUAGAACUAGUGAGAGUUAUGUUCACAGGUCAGGCCGUACAGCUAGGGCUUCAAACAAGGGUAUUACAGUAUUAAUUAUGGAACCAAACGAAUUUGGAAGUUAUAUUAAGUUGUGCAAGACUUUAGGAAAAAAUGAAGAUAUACCCAUAUUUCCUGUGGAGGAUAGAUUUUUAAAUGCUGUUAAAGAAAGAGUCAAUUUAGCUAGGCAGGUGGACAAAUUACAGCUUCAAGUGAAAAAAGUCAGUUCUGAAGAGGGAUGGCUACAAAAAGCGGCAAACGAAAUGGACAUAAUUGUCGAUGGAAUGUCAAAGAAUUACGAUUCCGACGAGACAAAUUCUAACAAGAAAUUAGCAGACUUAAAAAGAAAACAGCUAACGAUAUUAUUAGCUAAGCCUAUAUUUCCAAAAGGAUUUAGCGGAAGAUUUCCAGAACUCAGUUUGGAAAAUGUAACUGGUUUUAAUGGAGUUAGUGCUGAAAGAAAAGCGGUCGAUGUGAUGCAAGAAGCUAUAAAUAAGAGUUCUAAAACAAAAAGGCGUGUAAAGUUGUACAAGCCUAAAGAUAAAACUGAGAAAAAGAAGAGAGAUGUUGUAAUAAAGUUGGGGAAGAAAAAUAAUAAAAUAUCUAAAAACAGGACCUUCAAGAAGAAAAGGCAUAGUUAAGUAAUUUGUUUAUAAUUAUUAUAAAAUAUACGUUUUAAAGUUUUUAUA